UCCACAGUGCACCAGGAAGGAAGGGAUUCUCAUUACAGGAAAUUAAAAAUAUGGCUCAUUGCGUCUUGUCCCAGAGCCAAGACCAACCAAAGUGGAGGCAGAAAAGUGAUAACUUGCGACUGAUUGGCAAUGAGUCCUUUGCACUGCCAUUCUGGAAUUUUGCUACUGGCAAGAAUGAAUGUGAUGUGUGCACGGAUCAACUUUUUGGAGCAUCAAGGCCAGAUGAGCCAAAUCUAAUAAGUCGUAAUUCAAGAUUCUCAGAAUGGGAGAUAGUUUGCAACAGUUUGAAUGAUUAUAAUCGUCUGGUCACGCUGUGUAAUGGAAGCAAUGAGGGGCCUCUGCAGAGGCGCCCUUUUAGCGAAGCUGGUGAUAAGCUGCCAACCGUGGAGGACAUUCAGAAGUGUCUCUCUCUUCAGGACUUUGAUAACCCUCCUUUCUUUUGGAAUUCUAGCUUCAGUUUCAGGAAUGCAUUGGAAGGCUUUGAUAAAUCAGAUGGAAACUUUGAGCCACCAGUCAUAGGUCUCCAUAACUUGGCUCACUCCAUUUUGAAUGGAACAGGUGCUUUCCCCCAUUCUGCAGCAAAUGAUCCUAUUUUUGUGGUCCUUCAUUCUUUUACUGAUGCUAUUUUUGAUGCGUGGAUGAAACGGUUUAACCCAUCUGACAGUGCCUGGCCCCAGGAGCUGGCACCCAUUGGUCACAACCAGAUGUUUAACAUGGUGCCCUUCUUCCCUCCUGUUACCAAUAAGGACAUGUUUAUAACUGCUGAGCAACUUGGCUAUAGCUAUGACAUUGAUCUGCCAGGGUCUGCUGAAGAAUCCCUGGCUUGGGCUCUGAUGGUAGGAUCCACUGUUGGGGGAACUCUCAUAGUUUUGAUUGUGCUGGUCCUUCUGCUUAUCCUCUUCCGGCACAAGAAACACCAGAAAGGCUUUGAGCCACUAAUAAAUGCACAGUUCAGUGUAAAACAGUACACUGAUGAGCCAUAGCAGUGAAGCACUGUUUCAUGGUAUCUCUCCUCAUUCCUCAUUAGACCUCCAGUUCAUUUAUUUAGAGCAAUGCUUCUC